AUGGCGGACGCAAGAGGCAACGGCGUGAUUGAAGGCGCGAACAGCGUCGACGGCUGCGCCGAUAGUGCUGUCACUCUUCAAGCCAGCUACGCGACGACCAACCGGAACAUGCGCGAUGCGGGGGCUGCCUUGCUCGUGGAUUUCUACACGCGCGUGUACCCCACCGUGGACGAGCUUGGCGUCGACCUGGACGACCUCGAGGAGGGUGAGCUGGCGGAGAUUGUCGGUGAACUUCGGACUGAGGUCGACGUGCUGAAGGAGGAAACGACGAUGUUUGAGCAAACGGUGGUCGCGCAGGUCCAGUCCCGAGGCACGGCCGGGAACGCCGGCGGGACGGGCAAAGCCACCGCCAAUUCGAACAGCAACGCAGACGCACUGUUUCCGAGCGGUGGUGGGGCGGGGGUCGAGGCACCGCUGGUCUCCUCGACGACAGCGGAAGGCCGCGGCGGGAGACAACGACCUCUUCGUCCCGUCGCCGACAAGAUUGCCCUGUUGGGGAAGGAGGAGGAGCGGCUGCAGCUGCAGGAGGAGCAGGCCGCACGGCAGGCCUCGCAGGUGAAGGACCUCCUCACCGCCACCGUCGAGGAAUCGCAGCGCCGGCUGAAGGAACUUCGUCUCGAGUUCCGUCAGUUCUGCCGCGAGGUCUUGAAGAACGGAUGGCAAGAGGACACGGCGGGCGGCAACAUGAUGGAUGCCAUGGAGCUCGCCGACGGCACCAUCUCCAUUGAAGGCUCCGUCUGCGCGGACGACCUUCUGGUCUACAUGCGGCGUCGCCUGCAGUCACAGAACCGCUACCUCGACAAACUCAACGUCCAGUGCGUCGCCGCACAGGAGGACAUUGCUCGCGCCCAGCAGCAAGUUCGGCAACGCAAGGCCGCCGGCGAGGCCUUCAACGCCGUUGACUUUGCCCAGCUGAAGAUCGAGAAUGACCAGUUCAACGAGCGCAUCGAGACCAAGAACGCGGAACUGGCGGAAUUGAAGGGCACCUCGACGCGCGCGGUGCAAACGUUGAACUCGCUGGUGGACUCACUCAACGACCUCAACGCCGAGCAGACGCAGCUGAAGAAGGAGCUACGAAGUCGCGGGGAGUAUUUGAUGCGAUGCGCGAAGGAGGUGACGGUGGUCGCCGCGGAGGCGGCCGGGGCCGAGCAGAAGAACCAAACGAUCAAGGCCCAGCACGAGGCUGUCCAGGUACCAAAGAUCGAGGAGUACAUUGCUCAGACCGCGGAGCUCUUUGAGCUGCAGAAGGCCUUGAAGAACUGGUCACGCAAGGUGGAAAUUGCAGAGGGGCAAGUGACGGUGCUGCGUCAGCAAACAAAGACCCUUAGCCGACAGCGCGAGGCCGCGGUGGCCUACGCCUUGGAGGGAAGAAGAAGCGGCAAGCGUGCUCGCGUCGUCGCGGCGCGCACCUUCAGAUCAUUUAUAACAACAACACGGCACACUCGUUAG